AUGACGAGAUCAAGUAUUCCCGACUUGCCAUCGUGGGUCAAGCUCGUGUACUUGGCAGAAGGCGCGGCGAAUGUGGUAUAUCGUUUCGUCUCGACGGACAUCACUCCAGAUCCUGACCAGUCCACUCCUUCUGCACCUACAGGAGACUGUGCAGACCUCCAUUCCUUAAAAGGCAAACUACUUCGUCUGCGCAAAGACACACCAGCCAACGUUCCGUAUAGAGAAAUCGCACAGAAUUUUGACACCGUCAUCCGCCCGCUGUUUGAUCCUCAUGAGCUGGUCGACCAGUCCUUGGUGAGACUACCACUCGGUUUAAUUCAUCACUGCAAUGAGCGACUCCGACUCGCGGAGGAAACGGGAGCAAGAGCCCAAAAACGACACGGCAGUUAUCUCAGUCUCACGGAGCCUUUCGGACUGUUAGUCACCGACAUGACAACCGACCAUCACCCAGACUCCAAUUUGGCAGAACUAAAGCCGAAAUGGCUUCUUCAAUCUCCCUCUGCGCCACAAGACGCCCGCAGAUGUCGAACCUGCGCGCUGAGGGGGAUGCGGAACAUUGAGGCAAGACGCCAGGGUCAGAAAGAGCCGCGCUCGUUCUGUCCUUUGAACCUGGUUUCAGAGAAUUAUGAAGAUGUCUUUGCAGCCACGGCUGACAUCAAAGGCUGUCCUGAUCGAACUCGACUGGCUAAGAUACUGUUCCGUCAUCCCUUGCUUGUGAAACUGCUUGCACACCAAAAGGCUCACCAGCGAGUUGGGUUGAAUGGACCGCUCGGACUGACACAAGAGAUGUCUCUUGACAUGACACUUCGAGACUGCACGGUCUACAUCAAGAUCACGCAGGAUUCGGAGAUCGAUUUUCGCCUAGGCGAUCUCGACUUAAAGUCCAGUGCAGGAGGCAAAGCUCAAUAUUGGCGAGAUCUCGAAAUCCAACUAAUCGAUGGAGGAUGGUACCACGGGCGGAAUGAAUCUGACCCGAGCGACAGAUGCUUGUUGCAACGCUCGCCGACUCCCAAGUAA